GGGGAGCGCAGCGAGUCGCGCGGGGGGGAGCGGAGCGGGGCGGGCGGCCGGGCAGCCGGCGGCGCCCCGGCCUCUCCCCGCCAGGCGGUCUCAGGCCCCUGGGACCCCUCCCCGCUUCUUCCCACCCUCCCCGUCCUGCCCCGCGUUCCCGACCGCCGCCUCUCCUCACGCCUGGACCUGCCCUUCUCGGCGCCCCCGUUCUCCAGGGAGAUGCGAUGAGCCGGCGCCCCCGCGUCCUCAUCGCCGUCCCGGGCACGGUGCCCGUCCGGUGCCCGUGGUGGGGAGGGAGCCCCCCUCGACCCCUUCGUGACGCCCCUCCCUUGGGCCCCCGCCCAGCUGGAGGCCCUGGGCCAUGCCCCGGGGGACCCAUCCGGGAGGUCGGCUCUAGAGCGAGGAGGGUGGAGAAGAGAGAGGACGGGGCCUUGGGCGCCUCUGAGAUGCUCCCAAGCGCCGGUGGAGCCCGAGCGAGGCGCAGGCAACCGCGCGGCAGGCAUGAUGCCCUCGCCCAGUGACUCCAGCCGCUCGCUGACCAGUCGACCCAGCACCCGGGGCCUUACCCACCUCCGCCUCCACCGACCCUGGCUGCAGGCCCUGCUCACGCUGGGGCUGGCUCAGGUGCUCCUGGGCAUCCUGGUGGUCACCUUCAGCAUGGUGGCCUCCUCCGUCACCACCACCGAGAGCAUCAAGAGGUCCUGCCCGUCUUGGGCUGGAUUCUCGCUGGCGUUCUCCGGGGUAGUUGGCGUUGUGUCUUGGAAGCGGCCAUUCACUCUAGUGGUCUCCUUCUUCUCCUUGCUUUCGGUGCUCUGUGUCAUGCUCAGCAUGGCUGGCUCUGUUCUCUCCUGUAAGAACGCUCAGCUGGCCCGAGACUUCCAAGACUGCUCCAUGGAAGGAAAGGUCUGUGUGUGCUGCCCCUCCAUUCCCCUGCUUCGGCCCUGUCCAGAGUCGGGGCAGGAACUGAAAGUUGCCCCCAACUCCACCUGUGACGAAGCCCGAGGGGCCCUCAAGAACCUGCUCUUCAGCGUCUGCGGGCUCACCAUCUGUGCCGCCGUCAUCUGUACCCUCUCAGCUAUUGUCUGCUGCAUCCAAAUCUUCUCCCUGGACCUCGUGCACACGCAGCUGGCCCCAGAGCGCUCAGCCUCAGGCCCCUUGGGGUCUCUGGGCUGUACGUCCUCGCCGCCAGCCCCUCUGCUACACACCAUGCUGGACUUGGAGGAAUUUGUACCGCCGGUGCCCCCGCCACCUUACUACCCCCCAGAGUAUACCUGCAGCUCGGAAACAGACGCCCAGAGCAUCACCUACAAUGGCUCCAUGGACAGCCCGGUGCCCUUGUACCCUACUGAUUGUCCCCCUUCUUAUGAGGCCGUCAUGGGGCUACGAGGAGACAGCCAGGUGAGAGCGGGUCUCGGUGUGGCCUGGGGAGCUGGGAUAGAGCCUGAAAAGCUCAGUGAGCUGUUGUCCCUGGACAAAGAAAACAGUAGUGCUCAUGGUCUUUGUCACCCCAGCACGUCCAGGGUCAUCUUUGAUCUCUCCGUGGUAAGGUCGGGAGGGGGCAGGAAGUACCAUUUCUAUUUUAAAGAUGUGGAAACUGAGGCCCACAUAGCUGACCCGCACAAAGUGACAAAGCUGGACUGGAAUCUGGGUGUCCAGAGCUCUGUCCCGCACACGGGGUGGCCAGAUCGGCGUGUAGGGCUGGCCCCUCGGCACUCGUGUUUUCCGCAGGCCACCCUGUUUGAUCCACAGUUUCACGACGGCUCCUGCAUCUGUGAGCGCGUGGCCUCCAUCGUAGACGUGUCCAUGGACAGCGGGUCUCUGGCGCUGUCCGCCAUCGGUGACCUCCCCGGGGGCUCGAGCCCGUCGGAGGACUCGUGCCUGCUGGAGCUGCAGGGCUCCGUGCGCUCUGUCGACUACGUGCUCUUCCGCUCCAUUCAGCGUAGCCGCGCCGGCUACUGCCUCAGCCUGGACUGCGGCCUGCGCGGCCCCUUCGAGGACAGCCCCCUGCCGCGGAGGCCCCCCAGGGCCGCCCGCUCCUACUCUUGCUCCGCCCCCGAGGCCCCGCCCCCUUUGGGGGCCCCCACGGCCGCCCGCAGCUGCCACCGGCUGGAAGGCUGGCCUCCCUGGGUGGGACCCUGCUUCCCCGAGCUGAGGCGGCGGGUCCCACGGGGCGGCGGCCGGCCGGGGGCGGCAGCGGCCCCCCCUCCCCGCGCCCCCACUCGCCGCUUCAGCGACAGCUCAGGUUCCCUCACCCCCCCGGGGCACCGGCCUCCGAAUCCGGCUCCCCCGCCACCGCUGCUGCUGCCACGGUCCCACAGUGACCCGGGCAUCACCACCUCCAGCGACACCGCUGACUUCAGGGACCUUUAUACCAAAGUGCUCGAGGAAGAAGCUGCUUCCGUUUCCUCUGCAGAUACAGGGCUCUGCUCUGAAGCCUGCCUCUUCCGUCUAGCCCGCUGCCCUUCUCCCAAGUUGCUACGUGCCCGCUCAGCCGAGAAACGGCGCCCUGUGCCCACCUUUCGAAAGGUCCCCCUGCCCUCAGGCCCUGCACCUGCCCACUCCCUGGGAGACCUGAAGAGCAGCUGGCCAGGCCGGGGCUUGGUCACUCGUUUCUUCCAGAUGUCCAAGAAGGCCCCAGACCCCAGUGGCAAUGGGGCCCAUGGGCUUAAGCAGGUGCCCCACAGCCUGUGGGGCCGGCCAGGCCGAGAGAGCCUCCACCUUCGAAGCUGUGGCGACCUGAGCUCCGGCUCUUCCCUGCGGCGCCUUCUGUCUGCUCGCAGGCUGGAGCGUGCCACCCGCCCCCACAGCCUCAGCCUCAACGGGGGCAGCCGGGAGACAGGGCUCUGACCUGGGCUUCUUGCCACUGUGAACAGAUCCGGGUGAAUGCUGGGGCCACAGGCACCAGCUGGUUGGGACCAACAACCCCCAGCGCCCCACGCACUGGCUGACACAAAAAGAAACCCGCUGAACACCCCCAGAAGUAUCCCUUUGCCUCCUACCUCCGGGGGCUCCUGCUGCUUGGCUCUGCCCCUCUGGACCAGGGGAGCUGCUGUCCUGUGCUGCAUGGGCAUUCAGGCUGUGGGGGAGAGGCCCCCGCUUACAGCAUGGGAAGAGGAAGAUAAAGUCUUAUCCCCCAGCAUGAAAGAGCUCUCUCUGAUUUGACAGGGACACUAUGGCCAGGGCAAAGGCAUGGCCCAGUGCUUAAGCACAGGGGGCUGUGUGCCUGUGUAACGGGGUGGUAAGGCAUGAAGAGUCCAAAAAAUCUGGGUGACUCUCAGCUCUGCCACCUCUAGCUGCAUGACCUUGGGCGAGUUAUUUAACCUCAAUUGCCUGAUCCAUAAAACAUUGUGAAGAUGAAUGUUUGUAAAGCUCUGAAUACACUGAAUAAGCCUUCAAUAAAUUUCAAUUUUCCCCUUCUCUUCUGGA